AUGAGCAUCACCAGGUCAGCCAGCAGCGGCGCCCUCGCCGUGCUGCUCCUUGCGCUGGCGGCGGCCACCCGCGGCGCCUCCGCGGCCGCGCUGCAGUGCGGGCAGGUCACGCAGCUCAUGGCCCCCUGCAUGCCGUACCUCACGGGCGCGCCCGGGAUGACGCCCUACGGCAUCUGCUGCAACAGCCUCGGCGUGCUCAACCAGCUGGCCGCCACCACUGCCGACCGCGUCGCCGCCUGUAACUGCGUCAAGGCCGCCGCCGGGGGCUUCCCGGCCGUCGACUUCGCCCGCGCCGCGGGGCUCCCCGCCGCCUGCGGGCUGUCCAUCAGCUUCACCAUCUCCCCCAACAUGGACUGCAACCAAGUUACAGAAGAACCAUGA